UUGGGGUCUCAGACCAAAACCUCGUGUCUCUCUCUCUCUCUCUCUCUCUCGCCGCAGCCCGCAGUUAUCUAACUUCUGCUAGACUUCUCCCACCGUUCCUGAGCUUGGCAACCGGUGACUCGGAAGAGACCGUUAGUACAGCCGAACAAGUCUUAACUUCAAACCUUUCAAACGUUAAGAAUUGUUUGCAAUGGAACAUGGGUCCAGCAAGGAUCUAACAGCAUCAACAUUCUCUUUGGCCGAUGAGGAUCACACUUUGGCAAACUCUGUCAGAUUCACCUUGAAUCAAGAUCCAAGGGUGACGUUCUGCGGGUACAGCAUUCCUCAUCCUUCAGAUGCUCGGGUCAACAUAAGGGUCCAGACAACUGGUGAUCCAGCAAAAGAAGUAUUGAAAGAUGCACUCCAGGAUCUCAUGAUUAUGUGCCAGCAUGUGAGGAGCACUUUUGACAACGCUGUUGCUGAGUUUAGAACAAGUAAAACUGUUGAAGACAUGAAAAUCAAAUAAUAAAAUAGAAAGUGUUGCCACCUUCUUUUGCACCUUGAUAUCAGUCUAUUUAAAGCCACAGGAAACAGCAUAAAUAGAAACUCUAUUUCACAUGUUACCUCUUUUUGAUAAUGAAGUUUCUCUUUUUAUGUGAUACA